AUGUCGGUUGAGCCAGACUCUUUACGGAAAAUAGGACGAGGCACAUUUAUCUCAGCCACAACUGGCGCACUCGUUGGGUCCGCUAUUGCGCUUUUCAAACGUGGACCAGUGUUGAGUUAUUCCCUGUCAACGAGUCUGAAUUUUUCAAUAUUUGGGGCUUUAUUCUUGAGCAUUCGAGAGACAUUUCUCUUAUCGCAAAGAAAGCAUAAUCCACAGCUUGGUUUAAAUAAAAGUCAAACGCGCGAUUACGAUGAAUUAAUAUCUAGUACAUUGGCAGGCGGAAUAACUGGUGGAUUUCUGUCCAGUAUCACGCGUGGACCAAAAUAUGCUUUACGUGGCACUAUAGGCUUUUCGAUCAUCAGUGGGUGUGGCCAAUCGUUAUACACAUUUCUCUAUAGAUAUCGCCAAAAACUCAUUCUCGAGAGCAUGUCAUCAGGCAAUCCAACACAACCAGAGCCGGAACAUCAAGUUGGUGGUACUAUAGUUGAUCGAAUGUUUGAUCAGUUAAGCCGAUUGAAAUGGACUCCCGUCAGAAAACUGAGCGACGAGGAAUAUGAGGCUUUGUUAAGGAAAAAGUUAGAGAACAUCGAUAAGGAAUUAGAAAGAUAUGAAAUAAAGGAGAAGGUGACAGUGAAGGGAGAGGACAUUAGAGAAUAG